CGUUCUUUUAAUACGUGGACAUAUACAUGGGCUAUGAUGAGUUGGAAAGUAUGCUCGUUUCUCCUUUCAGCACAUUUUUUUCAAGGUUUGUUUUGCAAGAGCAUAUAUCUUAUCCCAUCACAAACUGACGUUGUUGUUAACAAUAACUUUACAUUAACUUGCACAUACAACGGGUACAUUGAGGUAACUGGUACAAAAUGGAAUGUACAGGGAAAAUAUACACCAUCUGUUGUUAGAAACGAAGACGGCACAUGCUCUGGUAGCGGAAUAUUUGCUAACAACUCAAUCUACGAAGUAGGAUGCCCGUCAAAAACGUCUUUCACUGUAACAAUAUUACGAGUACAACUCGAUGAUCAUGGUGCCCAGUGGAUUUGCUUUGAUCGUGAAAGGGAGAGUAACAAUGUCACUAUUUUUGUUAAAGUUCCUGUUAGAAAUGUAACGUUAUCGGGACCAAGUUCUCGUUUAUUCAAAGAGCAUUCCAAACAAACUUUUAGAUGUGAAACGUCAAUUGGUCGACCACAACCUUACGUUGACUGGUUCAUCCUUGAAUAUACUGGUAGCGUGAAACAUGAAAUCACAGUAAAUUCUUCGUCGCAAAUCAUUUCCUCAACCACAGAUGGACUUGUAGCUGUGAAGAGCCUUCUCCAGUUUUAUCCUAAUAAAACAUUCACCAAUUGGAUGCUAUAUUGUGAAGCUUGGAUUGACAACGAAACCAGUGCAAUUUUCAGCAACCAGUUUACCCUUAAUAUAAUGUAUCCUCCAGAUAGUCCACCAGUAAUUCUUGGAUACGAGGACGGCAAAAUGUAUACACUUAUAGAAUCAGAAGUUGGUGAAUUAUCCUGUUCUAUAUCUAGUGGAAACCCACUUCCAAAUUUAACGUGGAUAUGCUAUAAUAGCAAACCGGCAUUGAGCACAGUAAAUGGCAACAUAGUUAUGAGCAAUGUGACUUUGAUUGCGUUUCGUAAUCAAUCGUAUUGUUCUUGUGUAUCAAACCAUCCAUGGUCAGGAGUUACGCAAUCCACUACUGUGUCAGUACACAUUCUAUUUCCACCACAGAAACCAACAUUAAAAGUGAACUCAGCAUAUGUGACUGGUACAAUUGACGUAAUAAUCAACCAAAAUCUGAAUGUAAUAUGCGAUAGCGAAGGUAACCCACUCCCGAACUACACUUGGACUGGUCCUCUCAUAGGAAAUGUUAUGGGUAAAGAACUUAAUGUUACGAUCAAUAGUAAAAACGACAGAACAUACAAAUGUAUAGCUAGAAAUGUUAUUACAAGUUUGGAAAACAUGCAAACAGAUGGAAGAAAUGAAACUGCUUUAACAGUUAAGGUUUUGUAUCCACCUGAAAAACCUUUUUUUAAAUAUGGACAUAUACACGGGCAACUUAUCAGUCAUGACAUGCUCGAAGUAUUCAAGGGAGAAUCCUUUUCUAUAUACUGUGAUGCCAUAGGAAAUCCUCCUCCCACUGUGUUUUGGGAUAAUAACUAUACAAACGAAAGUGUUAUAAAUAUACAGUCUAUAAGAUCUGCCAUCAACAAAACGUGUACUGCAAGAAAUAAAAUGAAAGAAACCGUUGGAGAAAACAGAGAUGGUGUUUCAAAAUCUACAUUAAUCAUAAAAGUUUUCACUCAGUCGAAAAUACAACGUUUUUAUGUCAAUGCGAAGAAAUCAAAUGGUGCCUUUAUUGUAAAUGAAACCAGUACGGUAUCAUUUAUUUGCAGUGCAGAAGGAUACCCCGCUUCAGAUAUUAUUGUUAUCAGUCCUGAAGAAAAAGCUAUUUUAAAUAUAACAAAUUCAAACAGCAUAGAUCUCGUACUGAUUAAUGUAUCAUAUGUUAAUGCUGGAGAAUAUACAUGCAUUGGACAGAAUAUAUACAACACAGAUAAUCAGUCUUCCAAGUCAAAACUUAUCCUUAUUGUUCGAUGUCCACCAAGACCAUCUUCUGUCGAUUACAGCAUAGUGAAGAUCAUUGCAAUUCUAAAUGAGGACGUGCUUUUGCAAUUCACUGCUCAUGAUUAUCUUGAUGAACCAAACAACACAGUUUUUACAUGGUUUCAACAUCACCAGUCUGUACAAAACGAUGGUGGUAAAAUCACAAUAUCUUCAGAUGGAAUGCAGUCAAACCUUACUAUCAAAAAUAUAACACGUGAAGAUAUUGGGCAAAUUGCAGUGCAUGUAUCGAAUUCCGUUGGCAAAUACAUUCAUUUCUAUGAAAUUUUGUUAAAAGAUAAACCAGACCAACCGCUUUACUUCAAUGAAAUUGAAAACUCCAUUACUGACUCAUCGGUCACUCUGACAUGGACUGCCGGUUUCAACGGCGGUGAAUCGCAAGUGUUCAUUCUGAUUUAUAAAAUGUCUUCCGGGGACAACUGGAAGAGCACAACGAUACAGGAUAAUGGUUUCAAACAGAGGAAUUUUACCCUCAGAGGUUUAUCAAGAAUGACGGAGUACGACGCUAAAAUGUUCUCGAGGAAUGAAAUCGGUGACUCCAACCUCACUCCAAGUCUUCAUUUUAAAACAAAAGCGGGCGUUUCACAGCAAAAGUCAGGUACUGAUGUGAAAAACUUAGGUAUUGUUGUUGGAGUUGGCGUUGGUACAUUUGCAGGAACUAUUUUGAUAGUUGUCGUUACUCUAAUUUGUUACAAGUGCUUCAGGAAGGACCAAAAUUCUGCCAGAAAAGCGAUAGGAAACAUGAAGGACAGCCAGAAUGCAUUUACGUAUGAGAAUUUGGAUUCGACCGAAAGUAAAGAGAAUGAGAAUAAUCGAGUACACACAACUCCUACAUAUGAGUCACUUGACUCUGCAUUACAAGAACUUAGUUCAUUCAAAGAAACAGGUAGCAGAACACAUCAACCAUGUCAACAGAAUCAAACAUCUGAGUACAUAAAUACAAAUAUUUAA